GAAGCAGUUUGUUGUUGUUUAGCCGAUACGCUAUCGCACUCUUUCUCUUAUUGACUUGAUUAAAUAAAGUAUUGUUUGUUAUAUUUGUAGUCGCUUGUCUGUCCUUAAAAUAUAAACACCGCUCGGUUAAAAAUCGGUAAUCGACUGAAUUCAAGACUUUUAUUUUGACAGAGUUUAAGACAUGCUGAGGGGGAAGUAAAUGUUGUGCUAUUCAAAAUGUGUGCGGAUAGUUUUAGUGAGUAAAAAUAAUAAUUAAACGUUGUUUUAUUAACCUUACACUGUUUAAAUGGAGAUUCACGAGAGCUGAUGGAGUGGGAACAGCUUGAUCUGAAUCCAAGGAUUAUUGCUGCUGUUAAAAAAGCCAAUUUUAGAUCAGCCAAGGAGAUCCUGUGUGUCUCUGGUCCGGAUCUGCAGAGACUGACGCGCUUGUCAAAGACAGAUGUUCAGAGGUUGCAUUGUUCUGUAGCGGCUGUGGUCCGCGAGUCCAAGCCGGUCACAGCUUUACAGCUGAUCCGAGGAGAAUGUCCUGUUUUGGAGGCCGGACACAGGCUGUCUUGUGCCUGUCCGGUUCUGGACGGUCUGAUGCGCGGUGGUCUCCCGAUGCUUGGAAUAACGGAGCUGGCAGGCGAGAGUGCUGCUGGGAAAACUCAGUUCUGUUUGCAGCUUUGCCUGUCUGUCCAGUAUCCGCAGGAACACGGAGGGCUUAAUUCUGGAGCUGUUUAUAUUUGCACUGAGGAUUCUUUCCCUAUCAAACGACUACGGCAACUCAUUACCCAGCAGCCCCAGCUCAGACCAGAUCUGCCACCAGCUCUGAUCCGCAGCCGGCGUUUUAGCGACAACAUCUACAUCGAGCAUGCAGCUGACCUGGAGGCUCUGCAGGCGUGCGUGUCUCAGCGUGUGCCCGUGCUGCUGAAGCGAGGUCUGGUCAGACUGCUGGUGGUGGACUCUGUGGCGGCUCUGUUUCGCAGUGAGUUCCAGGCUGACGAGGCUGUGCAGAGGUCACGCCACCUUCUGGCCUUUUCCAAUAUACUUCACCGCCUCAGUCAUGAAUAUGGUGCACCUGUAGUCUGUGUCAACCAGGUUACAGAUGUUGUGGACGGACCAAAUCCAGGAAGGUGUGACUAUGGGCUGGUGGGCAGUAAGGUGCUUCCUGCAUUGGGCAUCGCUUGGGCCAACCAGGUGAUGGUGAGACUCAUGCUCAGGAGACUGCCGGGGCAAGUACAAUCAGACAGCCGAAGCAGUGCUACCCGAAAAUUAGAAGUGGUUUUCGCCCCACACCUCCCUCGAGCGAGCUGCCUGUGUGGAGUUUGGGAAGAAGGAGUGAGAGGGAUCCCCGAUGACCAUUCAGACCUGCAGCCACAGGGCUCUUCAUGAUGAAUUAUCGGCACAAGGAGCAGAUGAACAGGACACUACAUGGCAGUUAACAGCUGCUAAUGGACAUAAAUGUUUAUAAAGGACAUUUGAAAUGAAUGCACAUUAUUUUUAAUACACAAUUCUUACAGGUAUUAUGUGCAAAUAAUUUUGUACAAUCUAAUCCUAUUUUUAUGAUAAUUUUAAUUUUUAUUAUUAUUUUGCUUUUGGUACAGAAUAAAUAUUUUCCUUAGAUAUAUGUUGUCACAGUUUUCAGACAUAAAUAUAGUUCCAAGCAGCAAGAAGUAAAGUGAAUAAAGCCCAAUUGUUACCUCA